AUGGCAGAUCAAACUCAGCGUCACCCUCGUCCUGGAGAGCAUGAGAGUGGAAAAGAGAUCAAGCUCCUGCAUUUCAUCUACGAACAACCCGACAUUGAUGAGAUCAGAGGCAACCCGCAACGGGUUCUGGAUCUCAUCCACAAGUUCGAAGAGAAAUAUCGUUUCAUGAACGUCGGAGCCGCCAAAGGCAAGGUCGUUACCGAUCUAAUUGCUGAACUCAAGCCACAUACAAUGAUCGAACUGGGCGGCUAUGUAGGCUACUCGGCCAUACUCUUCGGCGAUGCCGUCCGCCGAGCUGGCGGUAAGCGCUACUUCAGUCUGGAACUGAACCCGGAAUAUGCCGCCAUUGCCAACAUGCUGAUCGAGCUGGCCGGUCUGCGGGACUUCGUCCGCAUCAUCAUCGGUCGAAGUGACAAGUCCCUGCACAAGCUGUUCACUAGCGGUGAGGUCAAGCAGAUCGAGCUUAUGUUCAUCGAUCACUACAAACCCGCGUACACUACGGACCUGAUGCUCUGCGAACAGCUCGGCAUGAUCGUUCCGAAUGUCUCGGUUCUGGCUGCAGACAAUGUCUUGCGGCCCGGUAACCCACCGUAUCUGGAGUAUGUCCGCAGCACGGUGGAGCAGAAGCGCGAGGCCGCCAAGAAGGGCCCGAUCAAGAGCUAUAACAAGGAGGGCAUGCCUCAGCGGACGGUACAGUCUUUCCUGGGCGAGGAUGAUAAGCCCAGUUUUGAGGUGCUCGGGAACCCGAAUCUAGUGUACAAGAGCACGCUGCACCAGCCCGAGGGUUUGCAAGACGCGAUUGAAGUGAGUCGAAUGGGAUGGAAGACCUCAUCAUCGGCCGGCGGACAGAAAUCCGAGACGGGACAGAGUCGGCUUCUGGAUGGAGCCCCGCCCGAUCCAGAGGUUGCCCCUCGCGAGGACCUUCCCCCGCACCCACUCCUUUUCUAUGAUGACUCUGGAGGAGAAUUUUCAACAGCAUGCAAAACGAUCAUCAUGGCCUCCAAAACCUGGAACGUCGGUAUCGUAGGCUAUGGCUUCAGCGCCAAAAUCUUCCACAUUCCCUUCGUCACGGAAGUCCCUCAGUUGAAGCUCUAUGCCAUUGUGCAGCGCACACCCAAGCCUGGGAACGAUGCCGAGAAAGACCACCCUGGAAUCAAGUCUUAUCGCACGACCGAGGACAUGGUCAAGGAUGCUGCGGUCGACGUUGUGAUCAUCACCACUGCUCCUGAUUCGCAUUAUGCUCUGGCGAAGCUGGCUCUGGAGAACGGCAAACAUGUUGUUUGCGAAAAGCCCUUCACUCCCACCUCGCAGGAGGCCGAUGAACUCGUUACCCUUGCCCAGCAGCAGAACAAGAUGUUGGCCGUAUACCAGAACCGCCGAUGGGAUGCCGAUUUUGUCACGUUAACCAAGCUGGUGAAGAACGGCUCGCUUGGCCGAGUUGUCGAAUUCGAGACUCACUUUGACCGUCACCGCCCCGAGGAGCCCGCCGCCGAUGUUUCGAAAUGGAAGAACAAGGUCAUCCCGGGCGGCAGCGCCAUCUACGAUCUCGGAAGCCAUCUACUCGACCAGGCUGUUCACCUGAUGGGCAUGCCAGAUCGGAUCACUGGGUUCGUUGGCUCUCAGAGGGCUGUGAACACGUCCGGAUUUGAGGAUUCUUUCACUGUCUUGCUGCACUACAAGAAUGGACUUCUUGUGACAGCCAAGGCGGCUGUCGUGAGCCCCGAGGAGAAGCAGUUGAGAUACUGGGUUCGAGGAGAGAAGGGUAGCUUCAAGAAGUUCUACCUCGACAUCCAGGAGGACCAGCUCAAGGCUGGAAUGAGACCCUCAGACAACGGAUACGCCCGGGAACCCAGUGACAGAUACGGAACCCUGACCACCCUCCAGGACGGCAAGCCUGUCGCCGAGAUCGUCCCAACUGUGGAGCCACCUACCUACACCGAAUACUAUCGGAAGCUUGCCCGGGCUCUUGCCGGAGAAGACGAUCUCCCCGCCAGUGGCGCUGAGGCGGCCAAGGUCAUCAGAUUGAUUGAGCUGGCGAAGGAAAGCUCGAAGCUUGGCAAGACCAUGGAUGUUUGA